AUGCCAAUUCGUGCCGUUAUCCCAGCUUUCAGCGUACUCGCACGCACAGGAGCAGGACUCGGCUAUACGACUCGCCUCGGCAGCGGCGGCGGCCAGCUCGGUAGCGGCGAACAACAUUUUGUGCCCAACAGCGCCUCGCGCCAGGUCGGCGUGUCAACGAUUGCGAUCGCUUUGCAAGGUGUUGACCUUGGCCUUGGCAUGGCGAUGGUGGCAGCAGCCCGUCCAUCAUCGGCUCGGAGCGAUUUGGUUGACGAAGAGCUCUCCUGGGUGCGCGCGGCUCGGCUUCUCCUGUCGUCCGCUCCUGGGCUCCUGUAUGCACCGGCGUUCAAGUGGCUCUGGGAGCAGCGCUACCCCGAUGUGCCAUGGACCGAGUCCUGCGGAACGCUCAUCGUAGACGGCUCACCCAGCUACAACCUGGAGCUUCCUGGCACCGUCAGCUUUGAUAGCGCCUCGCCAUCAAAUUUGAUAACAACGGUUGACCUGCGAAAGUUCCUUCCACGACGCGUUGAGUUCUGCGUCGUCGCUGCAGAUGGUUCGCCUGUCGGUGUCUACCGUGUGACGCCGGGCAAGCCACCGUGUGAGUACACCGAAACACGGUUGCCGAUUGACCCGGCUUACACCGGGCCCAGCAUCGUAAACCUGCGUGUGCUGCGACGUGAGGUGCUCGGUUGCCGCCCAAACUCGGAGCCCACAAAAGGCAACGCCCCAAACAAGCUGAGGUCUGGGCAGCCCGAGAGCUGGGACGGCUGCCUACACUUUCACCUUUGGACGGACCACUGGCUUGAUUUGAACUGCCCAAGGCCACUCCGAGUGUGCCUCGCAAAUGUCAACGCCUUUCGCAAUCAGCUGAUCGCCCACGCCGCCAACCCCGGCCACCUGUCGCUCGCGCCAGAGGAGUACAGUCGGCUGUGCGAGAUGCUGAAGGUUUUUGCCGAGGACCACGUGAGGCCUCUGGACGCACGCUCUUGCGAUGCAAUGCUUCAGGCACUCGAGGAGAUCGACGGCAUGACCGAGCAGACGACCAACUUUGAGGGUCUGAUGGAGGAUUUGAGGCAGGAGGCUCUGCGCCAGGCCGGGCCUCAGAUCUUCGUCGAGAGCGGCUCCUCCUUCCUGAGCUGGUGCUGGCGACGUCGGCUCGUGCGGCUCCCGAUGUCGCAGCGGCUGCUCAUCUUCAGCUGCCUCCUCGAGGCGCUCCUGCUGCUCAUCUAUGGCGAGCUCCCUCGCCGCGCGGCCGAGGCUGACACCGCCCUACGCGUGCUCUCGUUUGUCGACGCGGCCAACUACGCGAGGAGGCUCUACAAGGCGUUGCGGGCCGCCUGCGCGCCUGCUUCUCCUAGCGUCUCCUCACAGCCCGAGCUGUGGGUGCAGGCGACGCGUGCCGCAUGCCCGCUCGAGUGCGACGGCGACAGGUGCGACAAGUCCGGCUCGCUGGGGCCCAACGCCACCGCCGCGGAGCUCCGCGUGGCGUCCAUCCUGGCCGACCAGAGCGGCGGCGGACGGUGGCCAAUCUUGGAGGCGGGGCGCACUCUCUUGCGGCGGGCGGCGGUGAACGGCAGCAGCGAGCCGGAGGCGUAUGCGUCCGAGAUCCGAUUCGGCGGCGCCGUGCGGCUGGUCGGUGUGUACGGCACGAGCUUCGCCGGCCUCGAGGGCGCGCCUCCCGCUCUCGCAGACCGCCGCCGCUGGUCGCCCAACCCGGUGGGCGUCCUCGAGCUCUUGGUGUCCGUCAACGGCACAGAGACGUGGGCCGCGGUCACACCGCCAGGUUCGGUGCGCCGCAGGGCGUCGGCGCGGCAGGGGGGCGCCACCGGCCGCGCUGCCACCGCGGCAUCGCUCCCGCCGGCGCAGCCCGCGCGCGAGGGCAGGAGCGGGGACCCCGGCGCGCCGAGCGGCGCCUCGUCCGACGCCUCGGCGGGCGUUCAGCCGCGGCGCUACAGCCCUCAAGAAGAGCUGGAGGAGUACGCACAGCUGGCGGCGGUGGCCUGCCGGCAGCUAGGCUACGAGCACGGCUGGGCCGCCGAGAGGGUGUGGGAGGCGGUCUUCCCCGACGGCUCCACCGCGGUCGACGGCCUCGCUGGCGUGUCGCCGUCCACUUCGCCGGUCGCGUGGCUUGGCGGUGUCGGGUGCGAGGGCGGCGAGGCGAGCGUCGGGGACUGCGCGGGCUUCGCCAACCUCAGCGCGACCGCAGACGCCGCCGCCGUGACGCUCGUCGGCUGCUCCGGCUGGGAGGCGGACGGCGGCGGCGGCGAGGCCUGCUCGGACCACUCUUGGGUCCUCUCGGAGCUGCGGCGUGAGAGUGACGCCCCCGUGUGGCGGUCGAUCUCUGUGGCUCAAGUUGGGGGCGAGGCGCGCCUCUCGCCGCUGCCGCCGAAGGCGGCGGCCCUCGUCAACACCAGCGCCGCCGGAUUCGCGGAGGAGGGCGAGUGUCUCGAGCAGCCAACGUUGGAGAACGGCUGCCUCUGCGCUCGCCUAGAGUCACCGGAGCAGAGCUCGGCCAACGGCUUCCGAGUCUGCUACGGAAAGGACGCCCUCACCCCGCCCGCGAGGAGGGCGCUGGAGGCGUGGUCGGCGUACGGCCAGUCCUCAUGCGGGCUCCCGCCCAACUGCGCCUCGCUCUCCCUCUUCUCGAUCUGCACGUCGCCCGCCUCAAAGUUCUACGUGCCGCUGCAGCACGUGAUGCUCUCACUCGCGCUGCUCGUCUUCAUCAAGCGCGCCAUCGCCGCGGAGAACAUGCCCCACCUGAUCGCGUGCGUGGUCGUCGUCUCCGUCGCCUGGGGCUACGAGCUCUCCCGCGGCGAGAUGUUCCAGCAGUGCGACGGCGAGGCGGCGCGCUCGGCGAUGCUGUACGAGCACACGCCGGACGGCCUCGAGAAAUCCUACGUCCACGCGAUCCACGCCUCCCUCUUCUGGAUGUGGGGCUCCGUCGCCGUCGUCAUCAGCGUGCUCGUCGCCUUUGUGUACCGCCACUUUGGCUGGCAGACCUUCUCCGUCGUCUCGCGCCUCCGCCUCUCCCUCGCCGCCUACCGGCUGCUGCAGUGGCAGCGGGCGGCGACCGAGUGGUCCAUCUUCGUCUGCCUCCUCUACACCGCCGCCACCGCCCUCGACACCACCUUUUACCGCGCGCAAGGCAUCGUGUCCGCGCAGGCCCGCCCGCGCGCCCUGCUCAUCGCGCACGCCUCGCAGCACACGCCCCACCGCACACGCCUCACAGCACACACCGCUGGCCCCAUGGAACGAGCUUGCGCGCAGGUCGUCACGUACUGCAUCAUCGCCGCCGACGUGCUCGUCCUCUACCUCUGCCACCGCUUCUCGCUCGCCUUCACGCCAAGAAGCACUCGCUUCGUCAGCUGCUUCCGGCGCUACUUCAGCCUCGCGCCGGCGGCUGCUCUGCGCUACUUCACGCUCGCGACGGCGCGCUCGCGCUACACUGCGCUCGCGUUCGUCGUGGCGCUCGGGCUGCUGAUGCCGCGCAACAUGGCUGCGUUAGGCCUCCCGCGGUACGUCCUCUUCUACGCGUUCGUCACCACCUUCCGCGUCGUCCUCCUCGUCACCACCUCCCUCGUCGCCUUCAACAAGGAGCUGGCCAGAGGGUACGCCCUGCGAGAGGACAUCAAGCGGACGCCCGCGGCGGCCAGGACUCCGGGCAAGAGCGGAUGGCACACCACGCGCGGCGCCACGGCGGCCGAGGUGAUCGAUCUGCCGCCGCACAUUGCGAAGCACGUGCGCAGCGCGGCCGAGGAGGAGGCGCUCCGCUUCUGCGCGGUGGGCGCCGUGCUCACGCUCGUCGGUAAAGACGGCCAGCGGCAGCAAGACUGCUUCCUGCAGCUGUCGCCCGACAUGUCCUCGAUCCGCUGGUCAUGGAAGAAGAUGAUGCUCGUCGCAGAGCUGACCACGAUCCUCUACUCACCGGCGCGGCCGCUCAACUUCCGAGUCUACUACAGCGACGCGGCUCAACAGACUGACCUCGAGCUCUCCUUCCUCUGCCGCAAGCUGCAGCACGCCCAACACUGGGUCACAGCGCUCGGGCUACUGCACCGCGCCCAAGCUACUCCACGGGGCAUCGCCGAGAGUGAGCACAAGAGGCUCAAGGCCGCCUUCCGGAGCUCUGUCUCCAGAGGGCGUACGCAGCUGUCUCUGGAGCAGCAGCAGGACUUCUUCGGCUGUCUCAACCUCUACGUCGGCAAGGACGAGCUGCGUCGCAUCCAUCUCAUCUGCGGCUUGCCGCCCGAGUGGUCGUGGCACGUCGACCUCGCCACCGGCCAGGACUAUUUUUACAAUUCACUCACCGAGCAGCGGCAGUGGGCGCCGCCGCAAGCGGGCUUCUCCGUCGACAUGGAGCAGCUCUUUGACCCGCUCGCCAAAGGCAAGCAUGUCCGAGCGUCAUGGCAGUCGAUGCUCGAUUUGUUCGUCGUCGCCUCGCGCCAGCCGUCGCUCGAGGCACGGCUCUGUAAGCACGCGCAGAGGGGCAUCGGAGGACGCAAGCUCUCCCUCGAGGAUUUCCGCGACUUUUGGAGCGCCGCCGUUUGCGGGGGCGCCCGGGCAAGCAGCGUGGCGAGCGACGUGGCGUUCGCUGGCGCGCCUUCGCUCAUCACAGCGAAGGUGGCCGCCGAGGCCACGCGCAUCUUCGAGCGCGGGGUCGGCUCGGCGGCGGGGGAGGCGCGGCUGCAGGCUUCCGCCAUCGUGGCGCUGCUGACGGACGUCUCUCAAAAUGCGUGGAUCGAGCCGGUCCACGCGCAGGUCCACCAGACGAUGGACAAGCCCCUUUCAGCGUACUACAUCCGCUCCUCCCAUCGCACCUUCCUCACCGGCAACCAGCUCACCUCAGACUCAUCGGCGGACAUGUACCGCCGCGCGCUCACGAUGGGCGUCCGCUGCGUCGAGAUUGACAUCUUCGACAGCCCCGACGGCGGGCUCGAGGUGUACCACAAGUUCUCCGCCACGACGCGCGUCCCCUUCCGCUCUGUGCUCGAGGCAAUCAACGAGACGGCCUUCACCAAGUGCGGCCGCGCAUCGAAGUACCCCGUCAUCCUCUCGCUCAAGUGCCAUGCCUCGCUUGAGGGGCAGGACCGCAUGGCGAGCGAGCUCGUCGAGGUGUUUGGCGAGCGGCUCCACCGGCCGGGCGGUGGCGACUCGUGGCGGCUCGAGACGCCGCAGUCGCUGCAGGGCAAGGUGGUGGUCAAGGGCAAGCGGUGCCCGGCCGCCAGCAUUGGAGGCCCGGUCAACCACAUCAUUGGAGCCAAGGUGUCCAAGGCGCUUUCAGAGGUGACGGCGAUGCGCGCAGUGCGUUUCACGGGGUACGUGCCAGUGCCGACGCCUGAACAGCGCGCGCAGCAGCCGCUGGUCAUCUCCUCCUUUAAGGAAGGUGCCACGAUCGACAUGGAGCGCGAGCAGCAGCCCGUCUGGCUCGCACACAACGAGUCGCACCUCUCUCGCGUCCACCCGAAGGGCAGCCGCGUCGACUCGAGCAACAUCCAUGACUUGCACGCGUGCCGCCUAUGGGGGCCCGGGGUCCAAAAGGGGGCGCCCAAUGUUCAGACGUGGGACAGCGCGAUGAUGCUCGAUGAGGCGCUGUUUCAGCUCAACGGGGGGCUCGUGGCGCGACCGUGGGACGAGUGGCACCCGCAGUGGUGGAAGGCGCGACCGCAGCAGCUGCACCCAGGCGGCAUCGUCUCCCCCGCGUGCGAGGUGGAGCUUCUCGGCGGGUUGGUGGGGAGCGACGAGGAUGCCUACCUUCUCGAGCGCUGGUCGCGCAGGACGUCUACGGUGACCAGCAACGGGCUCAAUCCGUCAUGGGCGGGGGAGGAGUUUCGCUGCGCGUGCUUCACGCCCGACCAGACCUUCCUCAAGCUCUCCGUUGUAGCAGAAUCAUACUCACCUUGGAGCGGUACUGCGCGGCACGAGCUCGUAGCGUACGAGGCGGCGCUUGUGGGCGCGCUCCGGCCCGGCUACCGCGCAGUACCGCUCCGCUGUCCCAAAGGCUCGCCGAUUGAGUCAUGCUCGCUGCUCGUCCACAUUGAAAUGACGCCGCUCCGCGAGGCGCAAUGUCUCGAGCGGUGGGGGGCACGCUGGCCGUGGUCGCGUUCCGACUGUGCCUGA